AUGUUUCGAGAAAUUCGAAGGCUGAAUAAAAUCCAAAAGGGAGCACUUUUUAUUUGCGAUGUUCAGGAAAAAUUCAGGCCUAACAUCAAGUAUUUUGACCAAAUGGUCGCCAGCACUUCGACAAUGUUCAAAUUCGCCCAGAUCAUGGAGUACCCAGUCGCAGUAACGGAGCAAUUCGCCAGGGGACUAGGGCCUACUGUUGAGGAACUCGCAGAUGUUCGCCCCUUUGUUCUUUCUGACAAGACUCAGUUUUCUAUGAUGACUCCUGAAGUUGAUGCAUUCAUGGAAGAGCACAAGCCCAGUGACAUCUUCAUCUGUGGCCUAGAAGCCCACGCUUGCAUUCAAGGCACAGUUCAAGAUCUGAUCGAGCGAGGAAUCAAGACUCACGUGAUCAUGGACGCAGUGAGUGCCUCUCAUCAGGUCAAUAGAUUCUCCGCCUUCCGGGAGAUGGAAAACAUUGGCGCCACUUUAGUCACCUCCGAGCAAGUCAUCCUGCAGACUCUUUCUGAUGCCAAACACCCAAAGUUCAAACCUGCCCAGCAACUGCUUAUAAAAUAUCCGAUGCAGGACUCUGGCCUAGAAGGAUUCUUUUAA